AUGUCCAUGAGGGAGGUGGACGAGCAGAUGCUCAACAUGCAGAACAAGAACAGCAGCUACUUCGUGGACUGGAUCCCCCACAACGUGAAGACGGCCGUGUGUGACAUCCCACCGCGGGGCCUCAAGAUGUCAGCCACCUUCAUUGGCAACAACACAGCCAUCCAGGAGCUCUUCAAGCGCAUCUCUGAGCAGUUCACUGCCAUGUUCCGGCGCAAGGCCUUCCUGCACUGGUACACAGGUGAGGGCAUGGACGAGAUGGAGUUCACUGAGGCUGAGAGCAACAUGAAUGACCUGGUGGCCGAGUACCAGCAGUACCAGGAUGCCACUGCUGAGGAACAGGGAGAGUUCGACGAGGAUGAAGAGGAAGAGGUCGAGGAGGCUUAG